GCAUAGGCUUCUCACCACACUCGAGAUUGUGCGAUCCAGUCCUAAUUAAUUAUACCGUGAGUUGAAAAUUAAUUAAGAUCACUUAAGGUCUUAAAGCUAGCAGCCAUGGCGGCAUCGUCCAAGUUGGCUUUACUGGUGUUCACUCUCCUGCUCGCCGCCGCUGCUUUCAUCCACGUCGCCUCCGCCGAAGAAACACAUGACGAUCACGACGGCGGCGAUCACGACCCGUCGCCAUCGCCGCCGGACCACGAGGACCCGUCGCCGUCGCCGCCGGACCACGAGGACGAACCGCCGCCGCCGUCGUCUCCGGGGAAGGAGGACGUCUGCAAAGGCAAGGGGUGCUGCGACUGGUCCGGCGGCGACUGCAAGCACUACUGCGACGGAUACGACGACAAAUCCUGCUGCGACGACUGGUCCGGCGACUGCCACAAGUGCUGCUCCAAGUAGCCCGGCCCGCCGUAUAUACGUCGAUAUCGCCGUACGCCGUACUAUGUGUGUAUACGACUGUAUACGCAACACAAGCUCGAUCGUAGUAUUGCUUAUUGCACUCUUCGUCGUCAUCAAUAAAUUAAGGCACGCGUGUCAGCGUGUGUACGCGGUGCCGACGUGCGUUUGUACGUACGUGUACGGCUUGCUAGGCCAUGAGUGUGAGCUCUUUCCAAAGGCUACAUGUACUAUGCGCCAGUCGAUGGCUUAUAAUAUUGUAAUAACAUAA